UAAGUUUUAAACAACACAAUAUUACUUUUAGGGGUUCUGUCUCAAUCUGAGAGAUUUCUAACAUAUUCUGAGACACUGUGUAUAAAAAAUAAUUGUUCAUAAUGGCCAUUAAAGAGUUUAUUCAAAUUUUGCGAAUAAAAACAAAAAAUCUUGUGAUUAAAAUAUAAAAAAUAGAACAUUUCGAUGUGGGUUUUGAAAUUCGAAAUAAAAAAUGAAAAUUAACUGCCAAUUAUUUGACGUUCAAAAAAAACAAAGACAUCAAUUUUGUCAAAAUAUUAUGGCCUUCAAACUGAAAUUAACAUAAUAUUUGUAGAUUUGGAAUGAUUUUAGUAUUGAACCUACUAUAUUUUGUUUGCCGUGAUUUAAAGUUAAUUUCGUUUAUCCACUCUCUAUAAAAUGAGUGGAGAAUAUUAUGGUAGGGAGAAUCACACCAAAUUCUAUAAUGAUUAUGUAAGAACACCUUUACAACCUACCAAUGAAAAAUAUGGCCAAGAUCAUCGUUUAAAUGAUGAUAAUCUUUCACUAACCUCUUCAACUGGAUCUACGUAUCACAACAAGAGUUUGCAAAAACGACAAAAUCAGCCCGUUACGGGAACCACUAAUAAUGGAGCUGCAGUUCAAACUAUAAAUAACAUUCUGAAUGGUAUAACAAAUUCUGUCAAUCGUCUAUCCGAGUUACACGUUCAAUUAUCUGAUAGCCCAAGGAAUCGAGUGGCUUCUGCGAAUUUGUCACCAAAUCGAUAUUAUAAUGACGUAGUAUCAAAUCCAUCUCUUACCGGCCAGCAAAUACCUUUUAUUGAACAGCGGAAACAAAUAAUGCCAAUGCCGGACCAACCAAACUUGCAUGUAACCACUAGCAGCACCAGGAGUAUAGCUGGCAAAACCAAAAGUUUUAAAAGGAAAAUUAAAGACCCAAAAACAGUAAAGAGACAAAGUUCAUUACUAACUGUUAAGAAAAAUAUAAAAGUUGAUAAGAAGAUGAAGAUAUCCGCCAAACCUAUAGAAGAUCAUGUAUCUUCUCGUCCGUUGAUGUCAUUCGAUAACAAAUCUAGUAAACAUGCUAAAUUGGUUGAAAUAUUUCACAACAAAGAAGCAAAAAGUAGCGAUUCCGACGAAGGUAAUUCCCACAAGAAGAACCAUCACAUGACUUGCGACGGAGACCAUUUAGACGUACCCAAUCCUGACGUUCCAUUACUGCAGCUUGAAAAUUGCGAAGAUGCGAAUGAUAUGAACAUGCAGAGUAAGAGAUUGGCUCAACGGAUGAUAACUGGAGACUACUAUGAUCCACCAGAAGCGCCUAGAUUACACAUUAAUUACUGUCAAAAGAGCUACCAGUUACCGACGAUAGCUUCUAGGAUGAAACAGAGCAUGGUUAGUACACUCAUAGGAGGUAAUAAUAUAAUGAAUGGCGGCACACCUAUGAUUCGUACUAAAAAGGCAAUUCCCUUUUGCCCAGCCAUUACUGCAAGUCCCAGUCAUAAUAUUGGUAUUAAUAUUCAACAAGUUAUGAAUAUAUUGAGGAACAGGCAACCGAUAAACGGCAUUUCUCCUACUCUGGCUCAUAACAUUGGAUUAGCAGCGGAUAGACUCAACACCAGACCGUUGUCUACAUUAGUGUCUUCAAUCAAUUCCAAAACAUGCAGUUAUGUAAGAUCUCAGCAGUGUCCUUUGUCGAAGUGCAAUUUGAACUAUCAGCAAUUACAAGAUUUAGCUAAAGGUAUUCCAGAAGAAACGCAAGAAGAAAUGGACGUUGAAGAUUCACCAGAAGUUAAGACCAUCGUCAUCACAGGACCAACCGGGGAAAUGGAAAUAAAAAAUAAGAACGUAACUUCUUGGGCAGCAGAUGCAAACAAAUUUACCGAAUGUACUUGUGUUCCUCAAACUGGCACUGAUAUACAUUACAUUGCUAACAAAAUUAAGAAAGCUGCAUCUGGAAAAAUGAUUACGUCUCAGAUCAAUCUAGCGCAGAAACAGUUACCACCAACUUUGAAUAGAUGGAAUCUUAAUCCAAAGCUUCUCAAACGACCUCACACCACAAAGAAUAAAUCCAAAGAAGUGCCAAAACCCGUACCACAAUUAGACAAAACUGUUUCUGAUUAUCCAUUAAAUGGAAAAGAGAAAAACUUGAAAGAAGUCCUGACACAUCUUCACGAUGAAUUUGAACAACUUAACGUAAAAUAUGAAGAACUGUCCAAAACUGCCCCCGAGGAAGAGCCCUCAAAAGAAAUGGUAGUUUUAGAAGAGGAACUGAACAAAAAGGAAGAAGAAAUAACCAUGGUUAUGACACUUUGUAAGGAAGUCAUGGCACUAAAACAACAAGUUAAAUCUUUGAAAAAGAUUUCUAGUCAAUGUAGUGUUUCUCAAGAAUCGAGGGGUACUCCGACUUCUGCGACAUUUACAGAUUACAGUAAUCCUCAAGCUGCAUUCCAUUUAACCAAGCUACUUAAACAGAUUCAAACGUAUCAUGUACGGUAUAAGAAUGAUACAGAUGUUUAAAAAUUGACAAGUACCAGUCUAAGUGUAUUUUUGAACGUUACACUUUUAGACGUUAAUAAUAAAAUGUAUUAUUGAUCGUGUAAAAAAAUUU